AUGGCAUCUCAAGUUACAGUCACAACGAACGAAAUAUUGUCGUUCGUUCUUUUAUCGGAUGAAGUCAAUCGACGAAACUGCCAACAGACACGGUACAUAUUUUAUAGCGAAAAAACAAAAUUAAAGGAAAAACAACAACACAACACGAGAAAACAAACAAAGACAUUUGAUGCUGCACUUCAUAAGACUGCUUCAAAAAAAGAUGAAGAAAAUAUGAAUCAACACCUUAACGUUGUGAAAGAUUUCAUGAUUACAUUUUUGCUCAACAUCUUUGCAUUACGACUUGCAAACGAUAAUCAUAGGCGAAUGUGA